AGAUCUAUAGCUCAACACACACACUGACAGUGACUUGUUAUUACAGGCCUAGAAUGUUUUGAUGAGCUGUUUAUUUAUUGAACCUUCAUCAUCUACUGAGUUUAUAUACUUAUAGAUCUAGUUAGAUAUAAUACUCUACUGUCUCUACUAUAGCUAGUUGUAAGUACCAUAGCACGUAAAAAGAUUGUAUAUAAAGCAACAGUAUAAAAGUGCCCAUCAAGUAUUAUUAGCGGUUUGUGAGUGACCUCAGUCUGUGGAAAUGAGCAACUUCAGAGUGAUCCGUACCUCAGAGCUAAAGACUGCCCCGGAUGUGAGAGCUAGAGAUCGGCGAAAGUUCUCAAAGACAAAUCACAGUCUUAUACCAGUUUUAGAGAGACGAAGAAUGUUUGAAGAGGUAGAUUCGGGUGAAAAGUAUGGUGGUUCUAACACCAGAAGAGGGAGCCGCCUCUCAACACGGAAAGACAUCACAAGGUCUAGUUCACUACGCUCUUCCAAGAGAUUCAAAACAGAAGAUGGCUCUCCCAUACUCAAGAACAAGCAGCUCAGCCAAAACGGCCUGCCCCUAUGGCAGCGACUAAAGAACUUUGGUCAUUAUGAUACACAGAGUAUGACUUUGGACUCCUUACAGGGAUCUUCUGACCAGUCUGCAGCCACAACAGCCAAGAAACCUACUGGAGCUUCUGCUGCUGCUCAAGAGGAGGGUAGCAACACCAGUGAGGACGUAUCAAACAUUUUAGUAGCCCCUUGUCCAACGUUCAAAAACGAGAUUGGAGGAGACGAUGAUUGGCUACCUGAAGAGAGCCCCGCCAUGAUUCUUAGGGAGCAGUUGAGUCAUGACAAACAGAAGAGAGUGGGCUCACGACAGAGGUUGAUUUUGGAUGGAGAUAUCCCACUCAAGGAUCUGGUUGCAACACGUGGACCCAUGAGUCAACAAGUCAGCGAUAUGCUACAAGAACAGAAAGGUCUUCAUUUUCCAUUGGAGUUUCUGGACUACGGAGCAUCUUUUUAUCGGCACUACUUCUUAGGACAAGAUCACCAGAACUUCUUCGGUGUGGAUGAGACGCUUGGUCCAGUAGCUAUCUCGCUGAAGAGAGAAAGAGUGCCUCAUGAGGUGUGUGACUUUUAUAACAUCCAGCCAAGCAUACCCAACAACGUCGCCAUGAUACCAAAGCACCAGUGGAGGGUCAUCUUCAGGACUGGCCAGCUGACUGUCCUGCGAGGCACAGUGCUGGAGGAGAGUAUUCCCUCCUCGUCCAAGAUGGGAACCAACAAAGGGAUUCCCCCCAGGGAUGUAGUGGAUUACAUCACUCAAGGGGAAAUUCCUCUCUCCGUCCUCAAGCAGGGCAAGAAUGACAAAAAGGUGGUUAACGAGCUGUUACGACUGGAUGAGCAGGAGCUGAACAACAAGUACAAGAUAGGGGUCAUGUACUGUAAGCCGGGACAGACCACAGAAGAAGAGAUGUACAACAAUGAAACUGGAAGUCCUGCGUUAGAUGAGUUAAUGGAACACCUGGGAGAGAAGGUCAAGAUGAAGGGGUUUACCAAGUACAGGGCGCAGCUGGACAACAAGACGGACACCACUGGGGAGUACAGUGUGUACACUGAGUUCAGGGACACUGAGAUGAUGUUCCAUGUCUCAACAAUGCUGCCCUACACCGCCACUAACAAACAACAGCUGCUGAGGAAGCGUCACAUUGGCAAUGACAUAGUGACGCUGGUGUUCCAAGAGCCAGGCUGUGAGCAGUUCUCGGCCAAAUGCAUCCGCUCUCACUUCCAACACAUCUUCAUUGUGGUGCGGGUAGUGGACCCGAACACAGACAAUACCAAGUACAGGGUGUCAGUCUCUCGUAGUCAAGACAUUCCGUUCUUUGGUCCCCCCAUCCCAGAAGAUGCUGCCUUUGACAAGAAUGAGAUCUUCAGAGAGUUUAUGCUCACAAAGUUGGUCAAUGCGUGCAAUGCCAGUCUCCGUAGUGAUAAGUUCUCCAAGAUGGCGGUGCGUACUAGGAAGCAGUACCUUCAUGACCUGGCAGAGUGCACCACUGCAGUCACACUGGACCAGGUCUCCACAGGGAGAGUAGCUGGCCUGCUCCGCAACUUGAGUCACCGUAAGCUGCGUGAGAGAGGUCGUCAAGAGUCUACCCUUCUGUACACUCCUGGAGCUCUCACCUGGCCUGUUAAACUGCUCCUCCGAUCAGGAAAGCCUCUGCCGUUCUCCGAAGACCCCGACUAUGUGCUGGAGUGUGCCAUGGGAAUGGCCCCGGACUUCCUCGCCUUCAUGGACAGUGACACACAGGAGAUGUUACUGCAUGUCCCAAUGAUGCAUUUGACUGGAUGGAUCCAGGACAAGACACGGAUCAACCUGUUUUAUGACGACUCGUACUGCCUCAGUUUAGAGUGCUACGAAACGAAUGAAGAUGAUUGUGCUGAUAUAUGGAACCGGCUGCACUCUUUGGCUCCCAAGCUAACACUCUCACACGAGGCUACCCUCAUGGAGUUUCCCCGUGGUCCCAACGGCCUCCUCGGGUUCGGCAUCAACGAGGUGGGUGUGGUGCAGAAAGUGGAUGGACUUGCACGCAGCGUCGGACUCCAGAAGAACUCACGACUGCUACAGGUUGAGGAUCGCCUGUUGUGCUGUCAUAGUCACAAGCAGAUCAUGGAGGUGCUCACUGACAGGAGGAGGCCCGUCGUCAAGGCAUAUGUGGUACCACCCCCUCCUGACAAGAUUAGACCGGUGCAGUACUACCCAGCUCUCCACUGGGCCGAGAUUUGGAGUGCCAGGCCAUCACAUAUUGACAGUGAGGAAAGCAAAAAUCAGAAUGGAACUGGGACUCCUACACAGAAUGGGAAUGGGACUACAACUCCUGAACCAUUGGACUCGAUCACAUUCAGGCAACACUCACGAGCUGUCUCCAAUUCGAACCGCAUGUCCUAUAUGGAAGCGAUGCAAUCUGGCGAUUAUGUCGGCCCUAUAGAUGACUCAGAACCCAUCUACGAUCGACUUAGAGACAGAGACAGAGACAUUAUCAUGGGAAAAAUAGGCAAACCCAAUUCCCCUCCUCUUCCGAGAGCACGCUCACCCUCUAUGGGAACUCGAAGUAAGCCCGAUGAUCGAAUGGGCUACGCUCGCGUCAAUCGCAAAAUGAAACCCAAUCGAGAAAGUGUGGUCCCUUUUGCAAAACAUUUCAAGAAGAAUCCCAACCCGCCAGAGUCUGAGCCUAUGGACGCCAGUGUGGAAGAGUACUCCCCUGGUGUACAAGCUCGGGUGUCUUCAUCCACUAAAAUAUCGGAGCACAAAUCGCACACUGCUACACCUCUAGCUGAGAAAUACCCAAACCGGCGAGCACCUGCGCAGAAACCAAAGAUUGAGGUCAGCUCCCCAGGAAUUAACGAGUUAUCGAAACGGUUUUCGUAUGGUUCACAAUCGAGUACGUCACCGGGUGGUAGAUCUGGAUCCAAGAUUCCAGUGGCAAACGUUCCUCUUAAGGCCACAGCAAGCGCCUCGGAGAUGACCAAGUCACCGAGCACACUACCAGCGAAACAGAACAAACCCGUCAAUGGCUUUGAAAGUGGAGUGAAACUGAGAAAUGGAAUAUCAUCUAGCAGAGGAAGGCCUAAUUCGUGGGACUUUACUUCCAUCGUGGAUAACAAAGUUGAGGACGUUUUCGUGACAAGGGACGAUUCUGCUCCGCACACUAGAGCAGAAAUUGAAGCUGCCGAGUCUUUUCACAGAAACUCAAAUAUUCGAUCAGCAUUUCGACGUAAGUCUGCUUCUCGUGAAUUGUCUCCUGAACCGGGAGAGCUGGACCAAGAAUUGUCACCCACUCAACUUUUACCACCUUACUCUGACCAAAAACUUUCUCAAGGCUCCAACAGUUCGCAAGGUUCUGGUCCUCCAAUGACAGUACGAGAACGCACAAUUAAAUGGGAAUCACGAGGUGGUGGAGUGCCAUCGUAUUUCAGUACAACACUACCAAAAUCGUUUCGUCACAAAGCCACAGACAAGAUGCCAUCAGCCAUACCCACAUCAACAACAAGCCUGAGUGUAACAUCUCCUCGAAGAGCCCCUAGAGACAGGUCAUCGUCCCCUUCUGGUAUACCACAGCCCACAGUAAGAUCUCCUUGCAGCUCAGUUUCCAGUGAGCCCAGAAGGUACUCAAGGAAGGCUUCACAAUCACGAGAAGAAGCUGAUGGCUCUUCAAACCCGGACGAGAGUUUUGAGGGGAAGAGUAAAGGCUCUCGGCAGAUAAAGACUAAGACAGUGGUUGUGAAAGUCAAGGCUAAUAGGAAGGACAGUCGUGAUAACUUACAGCCAGCCAAAACCACGAGACCCAGUGUUCAGCAGCCAAGCAACCACGAUUCUGAGCCAGUGUCAAGUAAUGGUGUGUAUAAGAGUGGAGUACAAAGCGACCUUCAAUCUCUCUCCCUCUCUGACAAGACCUCUGUAAGCAAUGGUGGUAUCGGGUACACGCCUCGUGUGGAGGAGUGGGUUCGACAAACCUCGCAGACUGCACUACCACUGGAGUCGGUGUCGACCCAUAACACUGCUGAACCCCUCAGGGAUAUUGCUAGCCCAACACCCACUGAUAGCAGUCUGAACUACAGUCAACUGAGUGAUUUGUCUCAAGGUGAAAAGGACAAGAUUGACUCUCUCAAAGCAAGAGUGGAUUUUCUCGAGGGACAAUUAGAAAAGUUUUCUCUGUUUACAACACAGGAAACGGAGAAUAAAAAAGAACUGGCUGAAAAGCUCAAAUCUGUCGAGAUACAACUCAAUUCGAUGCAGAACAAAAAAAGACUGAAAAGUGUCAAAACUGCAAUGAUUUAACAAUUUUACGCUGGGUGUGAGUCUCAUGUUCUAUGCUUGUGUGUGCGUUAACUGACCCACAAAACAAUAGCUUUAUACUACAUUUUCUGUGCUUAUUUAAGUUUUGUGUGUGCUUAUGACUGUUACAUGUAUUAUGUCUCACAAACGUAAUUAUUUAUAGCAAUUCUCA